UUGGCUCUGGCCUAAGGCAGUAGGAGGAGACUUCCACAAUGGAUGGGACUGCUGGGGACAAAUGUUUACUAAUGCUGUCUGGCUGUGCAGGGAGGGGAAGCAGAGAGGAAAAGACCACAACACACAACAAGAUUAAUAUCAACUCUCCAGGAUCCUACUGACACCUACCCAUGAGCCCCCUCUUUUUCCUUUUACUCUAACUAACAUCCUUACCCACUGAGCACCGACCGACACAGGACGUCCAUGGAUGUUGACAAGUUGUUGAAAUUUGGUCAGUCCGCCCUGGCCUUGAUUUCAACAUCUACAAACAUAGAUUUUUGAAUCCUGCAGGUACUUGGCUCUCGGGUUGGGCUAGAUCUCUUGGCUGGACUUCCUCAGUGAUAAUUUCACAUUUCGACACGUUAGCUCAGUGAACAAAAUACAACUCUUUAACCCAACUCAUGAUUUGCUUUCAAGGACAUUGAGGACCUCAACCUGUAGCUACUUAUGAAGAGACUGGCAUAAGACAUCUCAGGACAACAUCCCAGAAACACUGAGCACCAAUGUCAGAGGAGCACUGUGGCAGGAGCACAGGUCACGUGACAUCAUAGCAGCAUAACAGCAUAGCAGGAAGUGAUCGCUGAAUUCUUAUCGUACCACUCUGUACAGUCAGCUGUACAGGUUUAUAUUUCAGUCAUUUAGCAGACACUCUUAGGGUUAAGAGCCUUGCCCAGGGGCACAUUGACCGAUUUUUCAACUAUUCGACAAACCCAACACUCUUAACCGCAAGGCUACCUGCCACACAGUUCUGACCUCACCGUUUCCUACCACGCUUUCGUGAUCACAUGCACCAUACCCACACUCCGUCACACUCCAUACCCUCUCACCCACCUGGGAGCCCUUCCUUAGCCUGGGUAGACUCAUCACCAAGCACCAUUGGACACUGCACCCUUCAGAAAUGACCGGUACCCAGCUAAUGAACUAUCCCACCACAAACUCUCCAUUCAGCUCUCCCAGCUCCAACUCCAUUCUGCUCCAAUCAGCUGCCAUGACAUCCCCAGUCCCCCCUUUUUCCCGGGCCACCUCAGUCCCCUCGCCUCAACUGCCUCCGGCCCUGUGGCCCCCACUGGACUUUGCCUUAGGAGCGUUGUCGUGCUGCGGGGCCUGUGUGUUCACUAACCCCCUGGAGGUGGUAAAGACACGGUUGCAGCUGCAGGGAGAGCUGCGGGCGCGGGGGUCCUACCGACAGCACUACCGCGGGGUGCUGCAGGCCCUGUGGGUGGUGGGGAGGACGGAUGGGCUCCGCGGGCUGCAGAAGGGGCUCUCGGCUGGGCUGAUGUACCAGGGUCUGAUGAACGGCGUGAGGCUGGGCUUCUACUCCUACUGUGACACCGUGGGGUUCACUGCAGCCCCUGGAGGGAGUCUGAUGUCAGGGGCCGUGGCCGGGGCUCUGGGGGCCUUCAUUGCCUCUCCUGCCUAUCUGGUGAAGACACAUCUGCAGGCCCAGACAGUCGAGGCCAUCGCAGUGGGUCACCAGCACAACCAUCAGGGUGUGUCGAGUGCCUUCGCCAAUAUCUACCGGCGGGAGGGCGUGGUGGGGCUGUGGAGGGGUGUGAACGGGGCUGUGCCUCGAGUGAUGGUGGGAUCAGCCGCCCAACUGGCCACCUUCAGCUCGGCUAAGGAAUGGGUGGCACGCCUACAGUGGUACAGUCCAAACAGCUGGCUGGUUGCCUUGACAGCUGCCUGUAUCAGUGGAGUCGCCGUGACGAUCACCAUGACGCCGUUUGAUGUCAUCAGCACACGCCUCUAUAACCAGCCAGUGGAUGAGCGUCAUAGGGGUCGUCUGUACCUGGGCUUCUCAGACUGUCUGGUGAAGGUGUGCCGGACAGAGGGUUUUCUGGGGCUGUAUAAAGGUAUGGGCCCUGUGUUCUUCCGCCUGUGCCCUCACACCGUUCUUAGCAUGCUCUUCUGGGACCUGAUGAGACAACGGGCCUUUCAGGACGUUCAGAACGAGAGCUGAAGAGAAGAGGAUAUUCAGCCAAUCUUGGAGGACAAUGGAAGUUGAUUUAACAAAUAAAACAUGUUUUGGCCUGCUGUCUUCAUCAGAGCCCGAGCUAAGAAAGAAGGCCUCAUAUGGUGGACAGAGUUGAAUGAAUGACUGGUCCGUUGGUAAAGACGAGCAGUAGACACUCUUUGUGAUGCCAGUGUGGAAAGUUGGUUGAGAGAAGGAGAGACGAGGAGGAGGAGACGCUCUCAUAGACUUGCACUCCCUCACUGGUUAACUGGAAGGAUACAUAAUGGCUUGAUAUACACUGAGUGUACAAAACAUUAUUGAGUUGCACACCCUUUUGCCCUCAAAACAGCCUCAAUUCAUCUGGGCAUGGACUCCACAAGGUGUUGAAAAUGUUCCACCGGGAUGCUGGUCCAUGUUGACACCAAUGCUUCCCACAGUUGGGCACCCACAGGCUGGAUGCCCUUUAGGUGGUGGACCAUUCUUGAUACACAUUGGAAACUGUUGAGCGUGAAAAACCCAGCAGCGAUGGAGUUCUUGACACACUCUCAAACCGGUGCGCCUGGCACCUACUACCAAUCCCCAGUCAAAGGCAUUUAAAUGUUUUAUCUUGUCCAAUUACCCUCUAAAUGGCAUACAGUGCUUUGUAAAAUAAUUCAACCCCUUGGAGUUUUUCCUAUUUUGUUGCAUUACAACCUGUAAUUUAAAUAGAUUUUUAUUUGGAUUUCAUGUAAUGGACAUACACAAAAUAGUUCAAAUUGGUGAAG